UGAAGGGAACAUGGAUCACUUGUUUGUAAAACCUUGGUUUGACAAAAACAUUCCAAUGACACGCGGUAAAUGUUAUUGGUUAUUUAAUGAAUGGAAAAGAAAGAGUUUUGGGGUUGGGAGAGGAGAGAGAGUGGGAGUCAGAGAGCAAAGUAAAGCAGCCGAUUGGACUUUGAGUCCGUUUGUUCCUUGCAGAACAGAAGAAACACGUUCGUUUCGUUUCGUUCCCAUGGCGGUCUCCGUUUCCGCGUCCUCCGCGAUUGCUUCUUUGAACUCCGAACUCUCCACGCGCUUGCCACCCUCACUCGCCUCCGCAUCUUCUUCCGCCAAGCAAUCCUUUCUGCAAUUCCCGUCGUGCACGCGCCUUCUUCGGAUUAGCACUCCACGCGCUCCCGCUCCAUCGCGACCUCGAUUCCUUCCUCUGGUUCAAGCGAAGAAACAAACCUAUAACUCGUUUGACGAUUUGCUUGCCAAUUCUGAGAAACCUGUGUUGGUUGACUUCUAUGCAACCUGGUGUGGUCCUUGUCAAUUUAUGGUUCCCAUACUCAAUGAAGUAAGCACUCGGCUUAAGGAUAAGAUACAGGUGGUGAAGAUUGAUACUGAGAAGUAUCCUAGCAUUGCUGACAAAUACAGAAUUGAGGCGUUGCCGACUUUCAUCAUGUUUAAGGAUGGAGAACCUUAUGAUCGCUUUGAGGGAGCAUUGACUGCAGAUCAGCUCAUUGAACGCAUAGAAGCCGGCCUCAAGGUUAAGCAAUAACCCUACUAUAAUGAAGACACAAAGAAGCUUGUCUAUUGGAAUGUUCGAUCACAUACAUGAUAUGAUUGACUGGAAUCACUUGUUUCAACAUCAUUCAGACAUUUUUGAAGUGAUUAAUGUAUCUCAAAAUGCAAAGAUUCAGCCCUAAAAUAUUUAGUUUAAUUAGCAGUGGCAUUUUUUAAAAAAAGAAAUCACGACUAAACCUGGUUGAGUUUGUGAGUUCCUUGAACGAGCUAAUUCUUGUCUCUUCUUUAGACUCGGUCCUCUUUAUGAGGUUAAAAAACAGUGCAAGUAUUCAGAGAGAUUAAAGUUGGUUAUUGUUUGCUAUGCACUGGCUGAA